ACAAAUGUAACCGGCUAGCUGCAUCACUCUUCGCCGCAGAGAUUUGACUGCUGUCAGAAGCAACGCAAAAAGUUUUACAGCUGACGAGAGUCACCGGAGCUGCGACCUGCACACUGAUCUUAUCUGACCUGAGCGAGGGAGGCGGGUUAACGGAACCUCGGGGAAGUUACAGAAGAUACCUCCAGACUUCAGACAUACUCCUGGCUCACAGAAAAUUACAAUGACUGACUCUUUUGACUGUGACAGCUGCAAGGAGUCCUUGUACGGCAGAAAGUACAUCCAGUCAGAUGACAGACCCUACUGCAUCCCCUGUUACGACAAUUUGUUCUCAAACACAUGUGAUGAGUGCAAAGAGCUGAUCGGCCAUGACGCAAGGGAGCUCUUCUAUGAGGACCGUCACUAUCACGAGCACUGCUUCCGCUGUUUCCGCUGCGAUCACUCGUUGGCAGAUGAGCCUUUCACCAGCCAGGAAGACGAGCUGCUCUGCAAUGACUGCUACUGUAAUGAGUUCUCCUCCAAGUGUGUAGCCUGCGACAAAGUCGUCAUGCCAGGUACGAGGAAGUUGGAGUACGGCGGCUCUACAUGGCACGAGGGCUGCUUCAUCUGUAACAGCUGCAACCAGCCGAUUGGCUCAAAGUCCUUCAUCCCUGACAAGGAUGAACACUACUGCGUGUCCUGCUACGAGGACAAGUUCGCCCCGCGCUGCACACACUGUAAAAAGGCCCUGGCUAAAGGCGGUGUGACCUAUCGGGACGAGCCGUGGCAUAAGGAGUGUUUUGUGUGCACCAGCUGCAAGACACAGCUGGCGGGUCAGCACUUCACCUCGAGAGACGAGAGCCCUUACUGCAUCAAGUGCUUCGGCAGCCUGUACUCCAAGAAGUGUGAGGCCUGCAGCAAACCAAUCACAGGGUUUGGAGGAGGGAAGUACAUCUCAUUUGAGGAACGCCAGUGGCACCAGCCCUGCUUCACCUGCUCCCAGUGCUCUGCUUCACUGGUGGGCGCCGGCUUCUUCCCCGAUGGAGACAAGAUCUUGUGCCGCGAAUGCAACAGCAACAGCAACCUAUAAACAGUCUUUUACUCCACCUUUCCCUUGACAUACCUGUCACCCUUCGUCACAGCAUUUUAAGAACCCAGAGUUAUUACCCAGGACGGUAACGCAGGCUAACAAAUGCUGCCUCUCAGGUUGUUUUUAUAUAGAGAUCAGUUCCUCGUGCUCACUGUCUGGGUCUGAUUUCUGCAAAGUUUGAAUGAACCCCUUAAAGGUUUCCUCUUUAACCAAAGAGUUAAUGAUUUUGUUAAACAAAGUUUAUUGAGUGCCUUUAAAAUAACAUUACCAAUAUGUUGUGUACUUUCCUACCAAAGAAAAGCAAAAUGAGAGUCACUUUGCAAAAACAACCUUCAUGUUUUUAUAUAAAAAGUUGCAACUUCAGGUAAAAAAGAGAGGAUACAGAGAACUGAUACAGUAUGGUAUGUAAACCCUAGAGUCUGUUUUUCGAAGUAUGGUGGAGGUACUGUUUUAAUGCUCUUAUAACGAAAGGUUAAGCAUUUGAAUUAAAAAAUGUCAGAAAGUUAAAAAACAGGAAGAACAUUUAAAAAACGUUGCUGAUUGUGCUUACAGUGCGAUAGCCAGUUUAUGGUAGUUAUGAUCAAUAAAGUCAUUUGCACUUUUGAUAAGAUAUUCUCUUGCUACCAUGUUAUGUGCACAUAAAAAACACAACUUAAAAACAUGGCACACAGACCACUUUUAUGUCAUCUGCUUUUGUUACAAUUUGCAAUACUACUUGCAAAAAGUUUCAAUAUACUUGUGCUUUUUUAUUUGUUGUUAUGAAUCUUUUUAUUUUAAAUCAACAUUGCUCAAAGAGCCAGCAUGUAUAACACAAAAGAAGCUAAAAUAAAAUGUCUUGCAGGAGUAUGCAUGUGUGCCUUGAUUCGCCUUAAUAACGGUUGUGUUGCUUUUAACGCUGUUACUUUUUUGUUUUUCAUUGUUAUUUUUUCAUAUGUGAGAAGUCAUUAAAAAAUACAUAUUUCUUUAUUUCAGCUUUGAUGCUGGUGAGUCAGAGUUGGCCAAAGGACACUUAGGGUGGAACAAAUGGCAUUGAGGCGAAAACAGUAUGGAUUUACUGUAUAGCAAAAAGAAUGAUAAUUGUUACAUGCUACAUGGUUACUUUUUUUUUGUGAAGUCUUAUUAAAUAAACUUACACUGACUGAU